CCUCUGAGUUUCAGUCUCUCUUCCCUCUCUCCCAUGAAGAGCUCACUCGGAGCUUGUCACUCGGGCCAAAAAAAGGGGUGUCAGGAGUCUCAGAGGGAGGGGUUGGCUGGGGCCCGGUUGGAGGGAAGUGGGCGGCGGGGGAGAGGGGCCUCCAUCCCUUUGCACCCCGGCCCCGCCCCCACACCCUCUGGCUCCCAGGCGCCCGCGAAUCAGCAGAGCCUGGCUGUGGUUGGUUUGUGCAACUUCUCUAGCUAACCUGGGCUGUGUCUUCAUGUUGAAAGUAUGAGUGCAGGUUUGGUAAUGUCUGUGCAUAUGCUGUGUGUGGGUUUGGGAACGGGCAGAGAUAAGCAGCAUGUGGGUCUCUGCUAAUCCCUCCCGAGCAGGAGUGGGCUGGGAUGGGACUGACUGACACAGCGUGGGGGUGUGGGGCCCUGGGGCGUCUGCACCUGCAUCAGAUGGGAGAGGGUGGACAGCUGGACUUAGAGUAUGGCCUGACAGUCACCUGGCCCCUGGCAUCAGACCCUGGCCCCUUAAGGGCCUCCGUGAGCUAUAUAGGGUCCACCUGCCGGCUGAGCAGCUUUCAGCUGCCCCAGCAGGAGACGGAAGAUGGAAGAGGUCAUUGCAGGGCUGCAGAGGUUCACCUUCACCUUGGAGAAGGAUGUAGAGAUGCAAAAGGGCAUUGGGCUCCUGCCUUUCCAGGGCAUGGACAAGUCGGGCUCAGCUGUGUGCAACUUCUUCGCUAAAGGGCUCUGUGAGAAAGGGAAGCUGUGCCCAUUCCGGCAUGACCGAGGGGUGAAGAUGGUAGUGUGUAAGCACUGGCUUCGUGGGCUGUGCAAGAAGGGCGACCAGUGCAAGUUUCUGCACCAGUACGAUGUCACCAGGAUGCCCGAGUGUUACUUCUUCUCCAAGUUCGGUAAGUGCAGCAACAAGGGAUGUCACUUUCUUCACACGAACACUGCUUUCAAGACCCAGGACUGUCCUUGGUAUGACCAAGGUUUCUGCAAAGACGGUCCCCUGUGUAAAUACCGCCAUGUCCAUAAGACAAUGUGUACUAACUACUUAGCUGGCUUCUGCCCCGAGGGACCCAAGUGCCAAAAUGCACACCCCAAGAUGAAUCUUUUAUUCAACCCAAGUUACAUGAAGGUGAGUGCAGGCAGGGAGGGGCCGACACAUCUCACCCUGUUUCCUGCCUGUGUUCCCUGGGAACUCCGAGUUCCUAGCACGGCACUGUCCCCAGCUGCUCUCACUCUCACAGGAUUGGCUCUGUGUCCCAAUCUUGGGGAAGGGCACGUCCGUGUGGUUGUUCCUCCCAGACCCCUCUGGCCUCCAUAAUCUCUGCUUCAGAUAGGACUUCUCAGCUUUCUGUCCCCAAGGCUUCCCCUUUUCCUUAGCUGGCUAACACAUGGGUGGUUUUGUUAGAGAACAUGGACCCUGCUCAGGACCUGUGGUGCAAAGCUGUUAGGUGAGCCAGGGCCACCCUGGUUGUGUGGGGUCCCCCAGAGAACAGAACUCUUCCUACGGAUACCAGGACUGAAAACAGCCUCUGGGAGGGUCAGCAAACUGCAGCCUGUGGGCCCAAACUGCCUCCACGCUGCUUUUGUCUAGUCUGGGACUCGACAAAGACUGCAGCUGAGCUCUUGUUAAUUAUUAGCCAUCCCAAGGUCAAUUAUUGCAAGAGGGCCCAGGCCAGGCUGGGAUGGCCAUGGCAUGGGGGGAGGGCGACCCCUGCUGGUGGUAUGUGGCAUCUCCGCUGAAGGUGGGACGCCAUGUUCAGUAACUGGGGAAUUCCUGAGACCAUCGCUAACUUUCACCAAAAGGUAUGCUUUGGCAGUUAGAGCACAUGGUAAAGAAAGGCAUUUCAGAACCUGGCUCUGCCCGAACGCCUGGCCAGAGCCCCUGCCCGUGGCAUGAAGUUGCCAUGUCCGCACAGAAGGAAUGCCUGCAGUGUCUCCGCUUCCUCAUGCAGUCCCUGUAUCUACAGCUCAACAGGCCGUGGGCGUCAGCACCUCCUGCCUCUACCUGGGGACCCUGCAAGCCCCCUUUCCCGACAGAGUGGCUGCCUCUCCCCACUCCAGUGAGGCCCCAGGAGCAGCUGGUCCCCUACUGCCUGGGGCUCGGGGCUCAGGAGCAGGGCCUGUGCUACAGGGAAAAGGAGAAGGAAUGGCAAUGAGGAAGACCACCACCUUCCCCCCCAGACCAAAAGGAGUAGUAGAAACCCCGUCUUCCAC